AUGGGAUCUUCCGAGUCCGACACGCUCAGUCGCAUUCCGAAUGCACCUCCUCAUAAUGAGCCGGACAAUGAACUGUUCACCUUGGAUUCUGCAGAUACUUCUGCAAGUACUCCCUCUGAAGAGAUCACAGAGUCAGAUGCAAAUAUCCUGCCUCGAGACCAACAGCAAAAGACAGCGACCUACGAUUAUGCAUACGAGAAGCAAUUGAGUCACGCCGAGGCCAAACUCUUCUAUCAACACCAUCAGUUAUCAUCGAAGGGUGGUGAUAAUACGCUGCCUGUUAAUCUAGUGCCAACAGGACGUUCAGCGGCGAGUUCAUACGAAGAAGGCUCGCCGAUGGCCCCCGCACAUGCUAGCCCGCGAGACAUCAGCCAACCUAUGCCCAAUGGGUCCAUGGUACUCGAGCCAGAAUCACAGCUGCCUUCCUCGCCACAAUCUGCUCUGAGUGGGUCGUACCAUGCGAACAUUCAGCCGAUUGCGGAUAAUCCGUCACACACUGGAGGACACUAUCUUUCCGGCGCCGAGGGCCCUUAUAGUGCCGGUCUAGGAAUUGGCCUAUCGCAUGGUCCCAGUGGGUUUGUACCUGGUGGUGACGCCGUAUCUUCGGAAUUACAGGCUAUCUAUCGCAAAAUUAAAGACUUGUUGGAUAGACGGUCCAAGUACAUGGCGCUGUCCCUCCAGAGACCCGGAGAUGACCCCAGGGAUCAAGCUGGUUGGGAAAUUUAUCCUCCGCCUCCUGAGCCCGCUUGGGAUGAUGACAAGGAAUUUCAACCUGACAAUUCUGGAGGUCCAGCUGAUACUACUGGAAAGAGGAGGAAGAUGGGCCAAGAUAUUGGCGAAGACUUCAACUUGGAUGAAUUGACACCUCUACCAGGAAAGUCUUCCUGGACGUAUAGUUUGGAUGAAAGCAGUGUCUAUCAAGUUUUCGAAUCCGAUGCCGCCGCUGAUCGGAAUGAGCCUGCGGUGAAAAUUCCCUCCCUGCGAGACUUCUACAUGGAUCUAGAUGCUGUGAUUGAUGUUUCGACUGAGGGUCCUGCCAAAAGCUUUGCCUUCAAACGUCUUUCCUACUUGGAGGGCAAGUUCCAGCUGUACAGUUUGCUCAAUGAAUACCAGGAGAUUGCCGACAGCAAAAAGGUGCCUCAUCGAGACUUCUACAACGUGCGCAAGGUCGACACCCACGUACACCAUUCAGCGUGUAUGAACCAGAAACAUCUGCUGCGCUUCAUCAAGAGCAAAAUGCGAAAGUCGCCAGAUGAAGUGGUCCUAUUUCGAGAUGGGAAAUAUCUGACCCUCAAAGAGGUCUUUGAGAGUAUCAACUUGACGGCAUACGAUCUCAGCAUUGACACCCUUGAUAUGCACGCACACACUGAUUCUUUCCAUCGAUUUGAUAAAUUCAACCUCAAAUAUAAUCCGGUAGGAGAGUCUCGUCUCCGUGAAAUCUUUCUGAAGACAGACAACUAUAUCAAAGGCCUCUACCUCGCGGAAAUUACCAAGGAGGUUAUUUCCGACCUGGAAUCUAGCAAGUAUCAAAUGGUCGAGUGGCGGAUCUCCAUCUACGGCCGAUCAAUCCACGAAUGGGACAAGCUGGCCGCUUGGGUCGUGGACAACAAACUGUUCUCUCCUAAUGUCCGCUGGCUGAUCCAAGUCCCUCGUUUGUACGAUGUGUACAAGGCCAGUGGAAUGAUGGAGAAUUUCGAGCAGGUCAUUACCAACGUCUGGCAGCCUUUGUUCGAGGUGACCAAAGAUCCUUCAAGCCACCCCAAGCUUCACAUUUUCCUACAGCGUGUAGUAGGGUUUGAUAGUGUUGAUGACGAGAGCAAGGCCGAGCGUCGUCUGUACCGGAAAUACCCCAUUCCACGAGAAUGGAACACCAAGCAGAAUCCUCCAUACAGUUAUUGGCUCUACUUCAUGUUCGCCAACAUCGCCUCUCUGAAUACUUGGAGACAGAGUCGUGGAUUCAAUACUUUCGUCCUACGACCUCACUGCGGCGAAGCGGGUGACCCAGAUCAUCUUGCCGUGGGUUUCCUCUGCUGCCAUAGCAUCAACCAUGGAAUCUUGCUUCGAAAGGUUCCCCUGUUACAAUAUCUUUACUACCUGGACCAGAUUGGUAUUGCUAUGUCGCCACUCAGCAAUAACGCCUUGUUUCUCACUUACGACAAGAAUCCUUGCGCCAGCUUUUUCAAGCGUGGACUCAACGUCUCCUUAUCCACCGACGACCCUCUUCAAUUCGCUUUCACCAAAGAGCCACUUAUCGAGGAGUACUCAGUGGCUGCCCAGAUCUACAAGUUUAGCGCCGUGGAUAUGUGCGAACUUGCCAAAAACUCAGUCACUCAAAGUGGCUUCGAAAGUUCGUUGAAGAGACGAUGGCUGGGAUCAAACAGUAAUCUUCCAGGGGUUGCUGGUAACAACGUUGCAAAAAGCAACGUUCCUGAUAUUCGCGAGGCGUUUCGGCAUCAGACUUUGCAGAUGGAACUUUCGCUGUUAGUUGAUGACUUUCUUGACUCCCUUCAUCCCUAG